AUGGCGGUGGGGGUUGGCGGAGUGAAAAAGAGGAGGGGGGGCCUCAGCUGGAAAACCUUCCCAAUUUUCCUGUGGCUCGUGUCCGUGUGCGGAGGGGAGAAGACAUUGAUUGUGGAGACAUGGCUCAAGAACUUCGGCUACCUCCUGCCCCAGCACAUGCGCACGUCCGACCUCCGCCAGCAAGAGGUGAUGAAGUCUGCCGUGGCCGCCAUGCAGCGCUUUUACGGCAUUCCCGUCACCGGAGUCUUGGACGACGCCACACUCCAGUGGAUGAGACGGCCUCGCUGCGGCCUUCCAGAUCAACCUCACCGCAGCCGACGGCAGCGCAACAAACGUUACGCCCUGACUGGACAGAAGUGGCGUGACAAAAAGAUCACGUACAGCAUCUCCAACUUCACUCCCAAAGUGGGCGAGAAGGACACCCAGAGGGCCAUCCGACACGCGUUCAACGUGUGGCAGGCCGUCACGCCGCUCUCCUUUCAGGAGGUGCCAUACUCUGAGGUCAAGAACGAGGGCAAAGAGGCCGACAUCAUGAUCUUUUUCGCCUCCGGUUUCCAUGGCGACAGCUCGCCGUUCGACGGCGAGGGGGGCUUCUUGGCACAUGCUUACUUCCCCGGCGCUGGUAUCGGAGGCGACACACACUUUGACUCGGACGAGCCGUGGACGCUGGGUGGAGCCAAUCGUGACGGAAAUGACCUUUUCCUGGUGGCGGUCCACGAGUUGGGCCACGCCCUGGGUUUGGAGCAUUCCAACGAUCCAAGCGCCAUUAUGGCGCCGUUCUACCAGUACAUGGACACGCAAAGGUUCAAACUGCCGCUGGACGAUCUGCAGGGCAUCCAGAAGAUCUACGGCGUCCCCACCGCCAUAAUGGAGCCAACGCGCCCGCUCCCCACCUUGCCUUCCCACCGAACACACUCCACCUCCACGCGACGAGGUCACGACCGCCAUUCCCGCCCGCCACGCCCCCCCAGCGAGCGCCCGGCAUUGCCCGGAAAUGGCAAACCAAACAUCUGCGAGGGCCAAUUCGACACGCUGGCAUUCUUUAGGCGUGAGAUGUUCGUCUUUAAGGACCGCUGGUUCUGGCGUCUGAGGAACAACAAAGUUCUAGAAGGUUACCCGAUGUUGAUCGAUCAUUUUUGGAAAGGUUUGCCGCCUCAUAUCGACGCUGCCUAUGAGAGAGCCGACGGCAAAUUUGUCUUUUUCAAAGGGGACAAGUACUGGCUGUUCCGGGAGGUGACUCCUGAGCCUGGCUUCCCCCGCAGUCUGGCCCAACUUAAUGUGCGCCUACCCGAAGGCGGCGUGGACGCGGCUCUGCGUUGGGAACCGGUGGGAAAGACGUACUUGUUCAAAGGGGACCGAUACUGGCGCUACAAUGAGGAGAGGGGGGCGGCCGACCCGGGCUACCCGAAACCCAUCAGCGUGUGGAAGGGUGUGCCCCCUGCACCCCAAGGGGCCUUUGUCAGCAGGGAGGGAUACUACACCUACUUCUACAAGGACCGGGACUACUGGAAAUUCGACAACCAAAAGCUCUCGGUGGAACCCGGAUACCCAAAAUCCAUCUUGAGCGACUGGAUGGGAUGCGAACAGUCCCCAGACAUGGAGUAUUCUGACGGUAAGGGUAACCGUGGCGACCGCCAGGGUCCCCUGGACGACCGAGACAUCAUGGUGGCUAUUAACGACACCCCAGCCACGGUCAACGCCAUCGCCGUAGUGAUCCCGUGCAUCCUGUCGCUGUGCAUCCUGGUCCUGGUCUACACCGUUUUCCAGUUCAGGAACAAAAGUGUGCAGCAGGCCGCCAUGACGCCACACUACUACAAGUACACUGUGCAAGAGUGGGUGUGACUAACAAAGAUGGCUGACAGCCAAAACUGGAAUGUUGUCGGUUCCCUUACGCCGACGCCCCCUCCACGAUGAAGAAGACAGGCGAUAAUUUAGGUGACCAAUGUUGCUACAACCACGACAUCACAUUGUUUUAUUUACAAAUUGUCCAAUACUUUUUUCCUCUCGCAUACUAGCUACUCGCUAAAGGCAGACAUGACACUUUCACGUGCUCGCUAGUUAGCAUGUGUUGUUAGCACAUAUUCACGUUCAUGUGCACAGGUCAUUGGGACAGGCAAGAACGUAGGGCGACAUUAGCAGCUAGCUGUGACAUUUAUCUUUUUGUGUCAAGUUUUACGAAGAAAAAAGGUUCUGUAAAUAAAGUAAAUGGAUCGUCAGAUAGAAAUUAUGGCAAUUCUCGGUAAUUGUUUGUGAAAAAUGUUGACAAAGGACUAGUUAGGUCGUUUACGUGGCGUGUUGCAUUAGCUGGCCGGGGCUUGUCAUAUCAUCCCAUCGUACCACAUUUACACACGUACUAUACUUACUGUUAAAACACAGAAGCAGGGAAUUGUGUAAACAAGCCCGGCUGAUGUGUGCUGAGAUUCUUCCAAGGUUCUGCCGAGGUUCUGGUGGAUCUUGUCUACAGUGACAUACCUUUAAAGGGAGAUGCAAAUCUGCCACAAAAGAAGCGUCCCGGGGGCGUGGCUUGAAGCAUCUGCAUCUUCCUUUAGCAAGCACGUUGUUGCCUUUAUUGGUUUGUAAAAACAUAUCACAAAUAGCUUUAACAGUUGGCUUCUAGUGUAAAUAAAACCUGUUUUUGAUUGAUUAUAAAAUGUAAAAAAACUUUUCAAACACAUUUUGUAUUUAGAUUUAUUGACAAUGCAAUGAAGUUUACGUCACUUUUUAUUUUCAAGCACAAAGCUUUUUUCUAGUUUGAUUCCGCCUCUUUUUUAACCUUUUCAUGUUUGGCAUGUUACCAUGGCCCACACCUUUAUUCAAGAAUGUUUUUUUUCUAUUUGUUGGAAAGGUCUUUUCAAUAAAAUGUCAAA